GUCACGUGGACGAGCCGAAGCCCUGACGGCGCCGGGACCGGUCAUGUGACCCAGCCCCUAGCUUCCCGCAGGGAUGGAGCCGGAAGAGGGGACGCCCUUGUGGCGGCUGCAGAAGCUUCCCGCAGAGCGGGGCUUGCAGCUUCUUCACAAAAUAAUUGAUGGCAUUUGUGGCCGGACUUAUCCUCUCUACCAGGAUUAUCACAGUGUUUGGGAUUCAACAGAAUGGAUGCAUGUUCUCGAAGACAUUACCACCUUUUUCAAAGCUGUAGUUGGUAAAAAUUUAUCUGAUGAAGAGAUAGCUCAACAGUUGAAUCAGUUGAAUUCAUCUCAUCAAGAAGCUAUCAUGAAAUGCUUAAAAAGUAGGAAAGAUGAAAUCAAGCAGACUCUGUUGGAAGAAAUAGUUGAUAUUUCCUCUGCACAACUACAGGAUUUUGAUUGGCAGUUAAAGCUUGCACUUUCUAGUGACAAGAUUGCUUCAUUACAAAUGCCACUUUUAAGCCUUCAUAUAGAUGUAAAAGAAAAUGGUGAAGUCAAGCCAUAUUCUGUUGAAAUGAGUAAAGAAGAGCUGCAGAAUCUAAUAAAUUCCUUGGAAGCCGCUAAUAAGGUGGUCCUGCAGUUGAAAUAGCUGGAAAUGAUGAAUACCAACAUUAUCAGAUUCCACUGGUACAACUGAUGCACAGAGAGAAUACCAUGUGUUCACAGAAGCUGAAUGGCCAGCUGAGAAAGCAGCAGUGUUGAGAUUACAAAGACAACAACUUAACAGCAUCCCUAAAGAAAAGGAAAUUUUAUGGUUGACAGGAAAUGCAUGAAAACAUGAAAGAUGAAAAGGCUGUAAACCUAGUUUAUAUUUUCAUAAUGACUGUUUUGCUUCAUUUAUUAAAUAUUUGAAAAGGCUUUAUAGAUACAGUUUUAUGGUAAGCUAAAAAUAGACUCUAAAGUAAUGUAAACAUACAAGCACAAAUAUACUUGACUAUUGCUUAAAGAACCAUGAAUAGCAAGGAUGUUUAUUAUGGAUAUAUGUGGUGGUUCACUUGUGAUAUUUUUUAAAAAUGAUUUUUAAAGGAUGUGUAAGCUGCAUUUAACUCAGGAGAUCCCAUGCUUUUCUCAUAUUUCAAAGGAAAAGUUAUAAAGUGUAAAAUUUUAUAGAGAAGCUCUCCAGACUUUAAUUGGAAGGAAAAAAAAACUAAAUCUGAGUGAACAAUUUUGAAUUCUAGGAACUAAAAUAUUAUAUUUGAACAUAGAUAAAAGUGAAAACAACACUGUUACUUCUGCAUUUCUGUGUCUAUUCAGGAGACUAUGCUCUGAUAAAAAAUAUGUGUCACUGUAUAGUGUGUACCUUAUUACCCCAAUAUCUGCUGAGACUAUACAGGUCCCUAUUUAUUGUAAAUUCUUAAUUUGUUGUAAACUUAAUGGAGUUCUGGAUGGUAACAACUUCAUUGGAAAGCAAACCAUUUUUAAUUUCAGUGACCUUUAGAAACAAGCAUUCUGAGCAAAUAAAAAUAUAUUAUCUUUAUGUUUUGCUGUAUUUUCAAAUUAAUUCCUACAUGAUGCAGUAUGAUGCAUCAUCGGUACCUGCUGUUUUGCAAGCUUUAUAUCUCCUUAGAGCAUCAGACUGUUACUUGAGGUAUCCAGAGCAAUCCCUGUUAUUUUUAUACAAAUGGGUAUAUAGGUUUAGGGAGAUUGAUAAAUGUGACUGUGGUCUAGAUAAUGCCACUGUGUGAACUGUUUGUUACAGCUUGGUGAUUAGAUGUGGAGGUUGUGGUAGAAUGUUCUUCAAUAUACUGCUUUUUUCACUGAGAAAUUUUGGCCAUAAAAAAUAAAAAUGAGCUGAACUAACCAGCGUGCUUAGGGAGGUGGUAGUUGAUUUACCUUCUUGUGCAAAUUCCUUGUUGUUGUACCAGGAACAGUGGAGACGGAAAAGGCAGUCCACUCCAGUGUUCUUGCCUGGAGAAUCCCAUGGACAGAGGAGCCUGGUGGGCUUCAGUCCACGGGGUCACAAAAGCCGGAGGUAGUAGUUGAUUUACCUUCUUGUGCAAAUUCCUUGUUGUUGUACCAGGAACAGUGGAGAAGGAAAAGGCAGUCCACUCCAGUGUUCUUGCCUGGAGAAUCCCACGGACAGAGGAGCCUGGUGGGCUUCAGUCCACGGGGUCACAAAAGCCGGAUGCGACUUAGGGACUGAAGCACCACCACCACCACCAGUUACAGCUUGCAGACGGGCACUUCCAAUAAUACUGGUUGAUCUGGGGUCCUUCUGAAUUUCAACGCUCCACACAGUCCUUCCUUUGAGAAGGAAAAAACCUUUCUCUUCUUAGUCUUUCUCUCACUACAUUAUCACUAGAUUAGCAGACUUAAAUACUUUAUUGAAGUAUGACUGAAAUAAACUACACACGUUUAAAGUGGACAGUCUGAGCAGUUUUCAUUUGUACAUACCCAGGAAAGCUUCUGGAGUAGGAAAUGGCAACCCACUCCAGUAAUCUUGCCUGGGAAAUAUGACGGGCAGAGUAAGCUGGUGGGCUACAGUCCACAGGGCUGCAAAGAGUUGGAGAUGACAGAGCACCUGAGCACAGGAGAGCAUCACGUCAAUCAGGAUGGUGAGCAGGGAAUCACUCCUGAAAGAGUCCUGGUUCAUUGUGAUCCUUCUUGCCCGCUUUGCUCUGAGACAACCACUGAUCUGCUUCCUGCCACUAUAGAUGAGUUCACAUUUUUCCAGAGUUUAAAUGGAAUCAUACAGCAUGUUCCUUUUUGUGUGUAAUCUGGCUUCUUUGAUUAUUGAGUUCAUCCAUGUUACAACAUUUAUCAGUAGUUGGUUUCCACUUUAUUGUUGAGAACUAUUCUGCUGUAGAAUUCCACCAUCAUUUGUUUAUCUGUUCACCUGUUAAUGGAUAUUUUGGUUGUUUACAAUUUUUGGCUGUUAAAAUACACGGAAUGCUGU